AUGCAUCAUACAUCGUCCAAUGACUCGGAUGCUCACUUCGGUCCGGCCUAUUCUGGGACAUCGAGACACUUCGAUUUCACUCUGUUGUUCGAGGACACCAUUCUCACCAUCGCGCCUGCUUCCAUCUUCCUAGUAGCCGCGGGGACAAGGACUAUAUGGCUGAACACCAAGCCCAACAAGGUCUCGCCAUCCUUCAGUCGCCUGAUGAAAUUGGUCUUGUUAACAGCUUUUGCCACGAAUCAAUUGACAGUCCUGUUGGCUCGAGCAACAAACCUAGACGUCGCCACAAGAGCUUCGAUCGCAGCUGCAGCACUUGAUUUUUCAGCCGCCUGUGUCCUCUUCGUACUGUCCCUGUAUGAACACUCGAGGUCGAUAACUCCUUCCACCAUCAUCGGGCUAUAUCUGCUGAUCUCUCUUCCCUUUGAUGCCGUUCGGCUAAGGACUUUCUUUCUUAUUCGCAGCGAUGCCGCUCACGGAAUUGCCAACUUCAUGUCGCUUUCAUUAGCCAUCAAAUCACUGGUGCUUGUCACAGAGGCAGUCGAGAAGCGAAGCAUACUCUUGGAGCCAUAUCGAGAGCUUCCCCCUGAGGCCACCAGCGGCAUAUAUAAUCGGUUCGUCUUCUGGUGGCUGAACCCAUUGUUCAGGAUAGGGUUUGGCAAAACUCUGCUACUUGAUGACCUGUACGGUUUAGACGACACCCUCUCGUCUGCCAGUGUCCAUGGCAUAUUUAGCCGAAGAUGGGCUGACGUACAUGAGCCGGGACGUCUUAGCCUGCUGCUCACCGUGGUCAGAAGCCUCAAAUGGCAGCUCUUGGUAUCGGCUCUUCCAAGGCUUUGCCUAAGUGCAGUCAUGUUUGCACAACCUUUCUUGAUUCAAGACACCAUCAACUUCGUCAAAGACAGCCAUACUCGAACGGCCUCUGUUGGGUGGGGCCUUGCUGGAGCAUACUUUCUCGUCUACCUUGUCCAGGCGUUGUGCAAAGCAGCAUACAAUCAUUUGCUCAAUCGAUGCAUUGUCCAAGUACGUGGGGGGCUCAUCUCUCUCCUGUACCAAAAAACUUUGGAUCUGAGUAUAACCGUUAUCGAUCCAUCCGCAUCACUGACCUUGAUGUCAUCCGAUGUUGAAAGGAUUGUUGGCCCUCUGCAAUAUCUGCACGACGCUUGGGGUGGCAUUGUCGACCUUGCGCUGGGUAUGUAUCUGCUUUACCUAAAUCUUGGGAGUGCCUGCUAUGCCCCCGCAGUUGUGUAUUUCGUUCUUGCCCUGGCUACCACCUGGAUCACGAAAAUCAUCUCCUCCUUUCAAAGAAGGUGGCUUGCAGCGAUCGAGGUUCGGGUUUCGUUCACCUCGGCACUACUCUCUUCGAUUCGAAACAUCAAACUUCUAGGCCUGUCAGAUGUCAUCAAAUCCCGGACCCAGAGUCUACGUGAGAGAGAAAUCAGCGAGUGCAAGCAAUUCAGGCUCAUCAACAACAUUCAAAUCGUCAUCCAGAACGGCCCGUCCGUCUUUGCACCUUUCGCUACCUUUCUCUUAUACUACCUCCGAGCACAAACGUCCGGACAACAAUUGGAUUUAGCAGUUGCCUUCAGCGUUCUCACAAUCUUACGUCUUGUGCAAGGUCCUUUGUCAUUACUCUACUUUGUGAUACCGAAGUUGUCGUCCUCGCUCUCCUGUGUCGACAGAAUCCAGCAAUAUUUGCUCUCACCCUCUCGCUACGACAAUCGACUUUUUGCCGACAAAAUAAUCAAAUCCACCAGUGGUCCCGACGACGCCUGUCCAGCUCCAGAGUCCAUCGAGAUGCGGUCACUCGGAGGUCAUGCAGGUCACCAGUCUGACGAAGUGGUAGUACUGAAGAACUGUUCAUUCGGCUGGAGAGAAAAUACUGAACCUGUUGUGCAUGAUAUUGAUCUAUCGCUCGCUCCGGGUACCAUCACGAUGAUCGUCGGGCCAGUAGGAUGCGGCAAAAGCACUUUGCUAAAGGGUAUACUUGGAGAAACACCUACAAUAGAAGGCUUUGUGCAUCUUCAGAAACAAUCUAUCGCAUUUGCCGACCAAACCUCCUGGAUUCAAAACACCACAGUCAGGGAUGCAAUCCGGGGGCCUCAUUCAAGCGAUAUUUCGCCCAAGGAUGACUCCUGGUAUCUUGAAGUCAUCACCUGUUGUGGAUUGCUUGAAGAUAUCAAGAUGUUUGCCCAUGGCGAUAGUACCGUCAUAGGCUCCAAGGGAAUCUCCUUGAGUGGUGGCCAGAAACAGAGACUGGGAAUUGCGCGAGCAAUAUAUGCCAAUGCGAGCUUGCUCCUCCUGGACGAUGUAUUUUCCAGUCUUGACAACCAUACCGAGGACUGGGUAUUCCGAAGAUUGCUUGGCCCCUCAGGUCUGUUGCGGCGAUUGGGGACCACAGUCAUUCUGGCUACCCAUGCUGUUCACCGCUUGCCUGGCGCAGACAUGAUCGUCUGCCUCGCUAGUAAUGGUCGAGUAUGCGAACAAGGUAGCUACAGAGCUCUGGCCAGCAGCAAUGGCUAUGUACGCAGUCUGGAAGCUCAUAUGAAAUUGCAACCUGGAAAGAUAGCUCCUCAGGAGUCGCAAUCAACAAUGGAAACAACGGACAUACCGCCCAUCGUCGACGCCAACACUCCUAUGCCGGGUCAAUCCGAAGACCCUGUUGAUUCAACAAGGCGAGCCGGAGAGUGGCGCACCUACAAACACUACUUCGGUUCUUGUGGCUACAUGUCGAGUUUCCUAUCAUGUACAUGGGCCAUGACCUAUACAUUGGCUAUCAACACCCCAGGAAUCCUUGUAAAGUAUUUCACAGGCAACAGCAAUGGUGAAACAACGCUCUUUAUUUGGGUAUUUGCCGCAACAACGCUCGUUGCAGCAGCGUCUCUUGUACUUGCUGCAUACCAGAUAUUUCUCGACAUGCAGCCGAGGUCAGCGAGCAAUCUCCACUGGAAUCUGCUCGUCACAGUUCUGAACGCACCUCUUGCUUUCUUCACACGGACUGAUAUGGGCUCUAUCAUCAAUCGCUUCAGCCAGGACAUGGCGCUUGUGGACAACGAUCUGCCUUUUGCGUAUGCUGAUACUGUCAUCUCACUGGCCGGUUGCCUUAUGGGCCUGGGGAUAUUGGUCGCCUCGGGAUCGGCCUAUUUCGUUCCCGUGAUACCGGCCUUACUCGCUGCUCUGUACACACUUCAGAAAUAUUACUUGAGAACGAGUCGGCAGAUAAGACUCCUUGAUCUCGAGGAAAAGGCUCCGCUAUAUACCUGGUUCGGCGAAACAUCUUCCGGACUCGCAACUAUACGUGCGUUUUCCUGGAGCGAGAAGUUCUCGGACCGAAACUUGGAGCUUCUCGAUAGGAGCCAGCGUCCGUUUUAUUUCAUGUAUUGCAUUCAAAGAUGGCUAGCUCUGGUUUUGGACAUCAUGGUUGCCGCUAUGGUCACUAUUCUGAUGAUGAUCGUAGUGGCGAAAAGACACUCCAUUCAACCUGGGCUUGUUGGGCUUGGUCUCCUGAGUACGGUCGACCUGGGCGAAAACCUCACCUAUGUGGUCAAGGAAUGGACGCAUUUAGAAACGAGUCUCGGUGCCAUUUCUCGCCUGAAGGAGUUUGCCAAAACCACACAACCCGAGCAUCGAGCAUGUGAGAACAACAAUGUCGAGGCUCAAUGGCCCUCGAAGGGAGGCAUCACUCUCUCGAGGUUUGGAGCCAGCUACUCUGAAGAUUCCGAGCUUGUCCUCAGGAAUGUCGAUUUGCAAAUUCGACCAGGUGAGAAGGUGGGCGUUUGCGGCAGAUCUGGAAGCGGUAAAAGCUCCCUGCUUUCCAGUCUUUUUCACCUGCUUGAGUUUCGAACGGGAUACAUCGAGAUCGACGGCGUCGACAUAUCUACGGUGCCGAGGGAAACGCUGCGUUCAAGACUUAAUGUCAUUCCCCAAGAACCAUGGUGGAUAACUACAGAAAGUGUGAGGUUCAACAUGGACCCGUGGACUGCAGCCACGUCUACCACGGCUCCUGGCGACAAUGCUCACCAACAAACACUAGACGACGCAGCCUUCAUCUCGGCCCUCCGACAAUGUCAAAUCUGGCACUUGAUAGAAUCUCAAGGAGGCCUGGAUGCGAUCAUGACUCCCAAUUUCCUGAGCCACGGCCAGAGACAGCUGUUCUGUCUCGCCAGAGCUCUGGUCAGACGCUGCAAAGUAGUGGUUCUGGACGAAAUCAGCGCCCAUGUGGAUGUCGGGACCGACAAACUCAUGCAGAGGCUCAUCCACGAGCGGUUCCAGGAGUGCACCGUCGUUACCGUGGCACAUCGUCUGAACACCAUUGAUACUUGUGAUCGUGUGAUUGUGCUAAGUCAAGGACAAGUAGUAGAAGUCGGCGAGCCUCAGCAACUCCUGAGAUUGCAAAACAGCUGGUUUAAAGAGCUGUAUGAGUCCUGA